UUAUGGGGUCAUGGGGGGGUCCUUACGCCCCCUCCCCUAUUUGCAUUGCAGAAGCGGAUGUCGGUGACGGAGGGGGGCAUCCGUUACCCCGAGACCACCGAGGGGGGGCGCCCCAAACUGGGGGGGCUGAUGGACCCCAGGCAGGGGGUCAUUGAGCGAACAGGGAGGUGCCAGACCUGCGCCGGGAACAUGACGGAGUGCCCCGGCCAUUUUGGCCAUAUAGAACUGGCCAAACCCGUUUUCCACGUUGGAUUUUUGGGGAAAACCAUGAAAAUCCUGCGCUGUGUUUGUUUCUUCUGCUCCAAACUGCUCGUGGACGCGAACAACCCCAAGAUCAAAGACAUCCUGGCCAAGUCCAAGGGGCAGCCCAAGAAGCGACUGACCCACGUGUACGACCUGUGCAAGGGGAAGAACAUCUGCGAGGGGGGCGAGGAGAUGGACCACAAGUUUGGGGUGGAGCAGCACGAGGCCGACGACGGCGCCCGCGAGAAGGGUCACGGUGGCUGCGGUCGCUACCAGCCCCGUAUCCGCCGCGUGGGGCUGGAGCUUUACGCCGAAUGGAAGCACGUCAACGAAGAUUCCCAAGAGAAGAAAAUCCUGCUGAGCCCCGAGCGCGUCCACGAGGUCCUGAAGCGCGUCCCCGACGACGAGUGCCUGGUGCUGGGCAUGGACCCCAAAUUCGCCCGGCCCGAGUGGAUGGUGUGUACGGUGCUGCCGGUGCCGCCGCUCGCCGUGAGGCCUGCGGUCGUCAUGCAGGGCUCGGCAAGGAAUCAGGACGACCUGACCCACAAGCUGGCGGACAUAGUGAAGAUCAACAACCAGCUGCGGCGCAACGAGCAGAACGGGGCGGCCGCUCACGUCAUCGCCGAGGACGUCAAACUGCUGCAGUUCCAUGUGGCCACCAUGGNCUCUAACCCCCUAUAUCUCCCCCUAUAGGCCAUGCAGAAGUCAGGCCGCCCAUUGAAGUCCCUGAAGCAGCGUCUGAAGGGGAAGGAGGGCCGCGUGCGGGGGAACCUGAUGGGGAAGCGGGUGGAUUUCUCGGCCCGAACCGUCAUCACCCCCGACCCCAAUUUGGCCAUAGACCAGGUCGGCGUCCCCAGGUCCAUAGCGGCCAAUAUGACCUUCGCCGAGAUCGUAACGCCAUUCAAUAUAGACAGGCUGCAGGAGCUGGUGCGCCGUGGGAACAGCCAGUACCCAGGAGCCAAGUACAUCAUUAGGGACAAUGGGGACCGCAUCGACCUGCGCUUCCACCCCAAACCCAGCGACCUGCACCUGCAGACCGGAUACAAGGUGGAGCGCCACAUGUGUGACGGGGACAUCGUCAUCUUUAACCGUCAGCCGACCCUACACAAGAUGUCCAUGAUGGGGCACCGCGUCCGCAUCCUGCCGUGGUCCACCUUCAGGCUCAACCUCAGUGUCACCACCCCCUAUAACGCCGACUUUGAUGGCGACGAGAUG